CGUGAGACAAUCUUGUCGACCGAAGCCGAGGAAAACUUACAUAAAAAGAUCGUCUUGCUUGUUGCGGCUUCCAUUGCUCACUGAUUAUGGGAGGCAAAAGCAGCAAAGAUAACUCAGCAAAGACUGAAGACCCCAAGGAAUCUCCUGCAGAACAAACCAACGUUGAUAAAGAAGGAGAAGCACCUCCAGCAAAGCCCACCCAGUCUGAGACCACAGGAGGAGCAGAGGGAGAGCCUGCAGCAGAAAAGCUGGUUGAAUUCAAUGAUAUUAAAAAUAGUCUAAAAACAGGAGACCUUCUACUCCUCUACAGGAAAGAUGCAGAGAACCCCAAUUAUGCUAUUUUGAUAGACAACUCUGCAAACGAGGAGUACUUUCCACUCUUGAUGGUGAAAGGUAGCACUAAACCAAUGUCCAAGGAAAAUUUCAGCAGGAGACGCUAUCUUACAGCAGUCACUACUGUCACACGCAUGUUCUAUGGAGACUACGAGCGUGUAGCAAUUUGCAGGCUGACCGGUGACCAGAAAGACAUAUCAGCAAAGAAGGCGCUCGAGGCUGUGGACAAGAUCGAUACUCAAAAGUAUUCUGAAGAGGAGCUGAAGCUAAUUGAUGAAGCAGAGACAGAUGUUGCCCGAAGCGUCAUGGCAUCUGUGCUCAACUUGAGUGUUUUGUAUAGUAAACUUGGCAUCAUUGCAGAGCCUGCCACUCCAUCCAGUGUCCAGGAUACGUACAAGACUUGGAACACCACUCUGCCAGUUGGUGAACCAACAUUCAUUAACGUCCCUCCCAUUAAACCGGGACCAAUGAAGGGUGGAACUCCACCAUUUUAUCAAAAGAUUUUACGUGGUUUGAUGCCUAUUCCUGAAAACAGAACUGUAGUGCCAUACAGUUCUAUCCGUGACCAGCUAAACACCGGAGACAUCCUCCUUUUUGCUACAGUUGGAUCUAGUGGCUUUGUUAUCAAGCUGGGGAGCAACUCCCAUUUUUCUCAUGCUGCUAUGGUACUCAAGCCUAAAGGCUCUGACCUUCUUAUGUGCUGGGAAACAACAUCUAACUCUGUUGGCCUGGUUGACCUUGGGAGCACAAAAGUGCAAAAAGGAACUCAAAUCGUUCCAUUGAAGCACAAGAUAUUGAAUGGGUAUAACGAUGAAGUUGCCAUUAGACGCUUGGUAGAUGUAACUGAUGAACAAAGAGAGAAAAUCCACCAAACCAUGAUGAAACUAUCUAAAGAGCUCGAGGGUACCUACUACGAGAAGGAUUUCAUCGAAAUGAUCAUGUCAGGUUUUGACUUUGGCGAAGAGUUUCUGGAUUUUCUCAGAAAUGACGAAGAAGACGUGAGCACAAUCUUCUGUAGUGAGUUGGUUGCACAUGCUUAUCAAGAGGCUGGCUUGCUUGGAGAAGAGAAACCAUCAAAUGAGUAUUCUCCUGAUGAGUUUUCAAGUGAGAAAAACCCGAAUCUCAAGUUCGGACGAUUGGAGCCUGAAGUUUAUAUUGAGUUAAAAUAUGAAGACUAAACGAUAAUAAUAGUACACAUGCUAAUUAGAUGUGAUUUUGCUUAGCUAGAUCAGAUCAAUACUGACUACAUACAAUUCAAUGCCAAAUUUUAUAGUUUUGUACUUCCUCAUUUUUCAUAAACAAAAUAAUUGGGGCGAGCAUGAGCGAGACCCACACUAA